CGGGAAACCGCCAUCUGCAUCAUCGUCAAUUUAAUUGAACCGUUCUUGCGAUCAAUCCACCUCCUUUUUUAUUUUAUUUUUUAGCGGAGGCGUUUUCUUGUUUAUUAGCUAGACUUUCCGUCUACGCUAUUGAAGGAUUAUAUCAUUUCAGGAAGAGUUGGGAUGCUUGUUUCUGUUGAUUCUUCUAGACAACAAUAAUCCGCCUGAAAAUGGCACGCAAUGUCCGGCAGCAGGCGCUGCAGAAGAUCGCCGUACUCUCAGCGACCAGCGCUACCACCUCCUUUGAUAGAUCCGACCUCGACCGACUAUGUAGAGCGACUAAUAUCCGUGGGAAGGGAAAAGAGGCUGCCAAUGGCUCAGCUAAGGGGCACCCUUCGUCUUUAGCUCGUAUUCCCAUGACUAUACGUGAAUAUGAAGUCCUCAUUUCCCUCUGCAAAGCCGCGCCGAUGGUCCAGAGCAGCCAAAGUGCUCAGAAACUCGUGAAACAACUGAUACCCUACGUUCUCGAAGCUCAUGCCCAAACCUUCCUCCCCUCGCCCGCUUUCAACAAGAUCGAACCGUCCCCUAUCGAAGCGUUGACGUUUAAUGUUACUGCCGCCUUACUUGUUUUGGGAAACAACUACGAUGACUUGCACGAGACUGUAUCCGAUAAUAUUUGGGCUCUGUUAGCUGCAAUGCGAACGGCUACAGAGAGUAUAAUCCCUCAUAAGGUGGAUGGGGAUACUAAGCCGAAUUUAGAAGAUGCUAUUCGUGUCGCAACUAUAGCUAUAUCUCUCUUGGGAUUUCUAGAUGCUGCUUCUGCUCAAGUUAAUUUUUGGAUGACUGGAGGACGACAGGCUCUUAUUCGAAGAAUUCGCAAUCUGCUCUCUGAACCCUUCUUAACCGCUGUCGACGGCGCGUUUUCUACUAUCCGAAAUGCCCAUACGGCGGACCGCAAUGCUAAGGAUUGGAAGAGAUGUCUUCGGCACUAUGCAAACCAGGGGCGGCCCCUAGGACCUAUGUUAUUACAAAGAAGCUUCAUGUGGUUAUUGGCCUCGGCGACCUCCCUGCUGAUUGCGGAUGUCAAACUGCUUAGAGGUACCCACAUACUUAAUUUGCUGAUGUCGAAAGACAGCCUAAGCAGACUGAAUUCUCCAAGCAGUCCGGAUGCCGAUUUCCAGUCAAUUGAACUGUAUGCGAGCAUUGCCCAGGAGGAGAUGGAACGUCUCGAAGCUGGUGCCGAUUUCAUUCAGCUUGGCUCAUCCUCUCAGCAGAGACUAGCUUAUGCUGUCAAGGCUGCCUCAAUAAUCAGUUUUCUCAACUGUUCAGUACUUAAUGAGGAUGCUGCCGAGCCCGAACUUCUUAUGGGUUGGCUACAAGAGUGCUUAGAAAAUCCAAUUGAAAUGGUGGAUGAGACAUUAGCGUCGACAGUGCUUCGAUCAAUGGCGAUUCUUUCUAAGCUUUCGCCAAGUUUUGCCCCGAUUGUGAUUCGACUUCUGCCUCGAUUCGUUGUCCAAACUACGCCAUCUAGCAAUAUCAUUGCUACUGCGUCGAAAUGCCUAGCAUUUGCUUUGCACCUGCUUUCCCAAGAUGCAGUCAUUACUACAUUAUACACCCUUGGAAAUGUACUAAGUCCUGACGCCGAACAGAACGCGCCGAACGGAUCUAGUAGCGAUAUAGCGGAGAGCGGUGGCUUGUCAAACGUUUACCAGGGAAGGCAAUCCACAGGUAGUGACAUAUCGCUCCAGAUUCGGGGUGAAGAGGAUACCACAGUAGUGUAUGCAAACAUUGUCCAAGCAAUAUGCAGCAUUGCGGAUGCAUGCAACGAUGAGAAAAUUACAGCACUCGCGCAGGCAAUGUUGCUGCAAAAAUUGACUAAGGUCAAUCAUGCAGUCGAUUACCAUAUCAUCACCGGAGCAAGUAUAUUAUCCUUGAAUGGAGGGCAAUUAGAAUUUAGGUCUCUUCUCAGACUGUACUCAAGACUUUGUCACCAUGCAUCUGCCGAUGACAACGUCCCGAUCCUCGAUGCUGUCAGGAAAGCGCGAAAUCAUAUAUCUGCAAAUGUGAAACGUGAUUCUCAAUUGUUUGACAUCUACUGGGAACACAUACUCGACGAGUUGAUUUCCAAAGGAGAUGUGCAUCAAUCUCAACAUAUGAAAGAGUCCGAUGUUGAGCUUGCAGCCCGCGAGAUUGCUCAACUCCUUCAACCGCUUUCAAUACUAAUGUCAACGCACGAUUUUAUCACCGAGCUUCCCGGGCAAGAUGACGAUAAACACUCACUAAUUCGAGAUGCCUGGUUCAAUAUCGUCGUUCAUGGUUUCACGCCCUUGACUGAUAGGGGCAAACAAUACAUUAAUGAGCUACGCAUUAUGGCCAUCCACUCACCACCAUUAGUGGCCGAACAGCGAGGGGAACAAAUCGAGAGUGACAUCGAGCUCAACACCGUCCUUCGCCGAGCCAACACUUCGGACCGAGAAUCAAAGCAAAAGAAGCAACUCAUAGAACUCGUACCAUCAAAAGCAUCUGAUAUUAGAAGCUUAAGCUACAGGAAAGUAAUGUUUUUACAGGCCGCAUAUUUGGUCGAAAGUCUGCGGGCCGAUUCUGGCGACUGCACUAAGACCUUAUCCUACUACUUAGAACCUAGUAUGCGUAGAGAGGAUGUGCGUGGCGUUAUGGAGGGCAUAACAACCGUUGUGAUGGAGAAAUACCUGUCUAAAACAUUGGAAGCAAAGCUGCCGACUUUCUCUGCUCACUAUGCAGCGUCACAACUUGCAACCAUAUUCUGCGGAUGUUGUCAUCGCAUCCAGCGUGUCCAACAAGCCGCAUUCUAUUGUGCUGAUAUUUUCGUCCGGGAGAUUCCCUCAUCCCUUUGUCAAAAAUCGUCACUGUUUGCACUUCUUGAACUGUUAUCACUCAUGUGGACGAGUUGCCUCGAGGCAGAGACGGAAAUGUACGAUCCGCGAUCAGUGUUCACAUCUCGCUUGGGAGAAGUUACAGUCGAGCUUUCGGAUGACUAUACCUUCAGGAAGACUACUCUCAAUAAUCUAUACACAAGGGCUAAGUCGUGGGUCUCACUGGCGAUCAACUUGGCACCUUCUGAUGUCAAAGGCCUGCUCCAGACGUAUUUAUCCGAAUUUGAAGAUGAAGGAGCAUAUGGACAUAUGUCACUUGGUCGAUCGUUUGCUGUAGAAAUGGGUUCAUCAAUUCCUGCUACGGACCAGAGAUUGUCUUCCCUGGAUCCUGUUGGUGAGACGGCUAUCAAUACUGCAUCCCAUUUCAUUGCCCAAUACACGACGCGCCAGGAAUACAGGUAUGGUGAAGCGCUGCCAACUCACGGCAAAGACCUUAUUAAUGUCAUGCCGUCAAUGCGCCGCGACUCGUUCAUAAGAUCUGCACCGUCGGAACGUGCAGACGCUGUUACAGCAUUGGCUCACGUAGAAUCUCGCCUUACUGGCAAGAAGAUUACCCCCUUAUAUGACGUGAGAGACAUCCUCCGGCGGGCUGCAGCACUGCUCUGCCGUAGCGGGAGAGAUGAAAGUGCUAUCACCCAUUAUCUCGUCAGCAUUCCGUUUAGAAUAUUCACCAAGGAGUCCAUUAAUUUUGGAGUUGGUCUUUGGCUGGGUGUUAUGAACGAGAACCCUCGGAUGGAGUCUCGAAUACUAGCUGAGAUCGCUCAGCAAUGGGAGGUUGUUAUCCAUAAGAAACUUGGAUUGUUCAAUCCCACAUUGAUGCACCCUGAUCCUUUCUUCCUUAAAGAGGAAUUUGCUCCCAGUGAUAACGAGGGUCUUAUAAGGCGGCGACAACAGGUUCAUAACCUACUAGCUCCCCAUACUCGUCUGAUACAGUUCUUCAGUAGUCAUUUCAAUGCUACUCGAUUAGGUAGUCCAGAUACACACCGAGUUUUCCUCCGCAUGCUCGACAUAACUCUUGAUGCCCUUAAAAACUCGGUUUCCCAUCCCAUGGCUAGGGAACUUCGCCUAAGAAUCAUACUCUUUAGCCUCAGGGUGUUAAGAAUGAGCCCUGCGGUCCGCACCGCGGCUCAAUGGCGUCUUAAGGAUAAAAUCCUAUCCGCGGGGUUAAGCUGGUUCAAGUUCGCGCCCAAGUGGUCCUUCGGCAGCAACCUUCUCCAGUUGAAGACUGAGGUUCGAUUGAUUGGCGAUGUCAUGACUGCCCUCAAGGCCGUCUCAUAUUUGGCGACCCAAGCUGUUGGUAACUUCAAAGUUCUAGCUCAAAAGGAAGCAUUACUUCAAAUUCUACUCGAAAGCGAGCAGGCUAGACUGAAUGUAUGGGUUCAUCCAUUGGGUGAAGGUCACCAACGGCCAUACCUAUCGACGCAUCAUAAUAAGACGGCGCUUGAGGCUACUUUGAAACCGCUUGUCCGAGUGGCAUGGACUGAGGAUCCCUCUCUAGCAAUAGAACUAGUCGGCAGAUUCUCAAUUCCAGCCGUACAUAACGAAGUACGUUGGCUAUUGUUGAAUUUCCCGGCCAAGGCCAUUUCAGAGCCCGAGGCUCUUCCAAUAUUGCUGGGCGGUGAAUUACCGCCCGACGUUCGAUUCCAGCUUAAGUUCUUACUUUUCUGGGCUCCUGUUAACCCUGUCACGGCCGUCACAUAUUUCUUGCCCGCCUAUCGAAACCACCCGUUCCUUAUCCAAUAUGCUAUGAGAGCACUAGAGUACCACUCGGUUGAUGUGACUUUCUUUUAUGUACCACAGAUUGUGCAAGGUCUUCGAUUUGAUGCUCUUGGUUACGUGGAGCGUUACAUUAUUGAAACCGCGCAGUUCUCCCAGUUAUUCGCCCAUCAAAUCAUAUGGAACAUGAAAGCAAAUUCAUACAAGGAUGAUGACGCUACAAUUCCCGAUGCUAUUAAGCCUGCUCUUGACAAGGUGAUGGAUAAGAUGAUUAGUAGCUUUUCCGAUGAGGACAAAAAUUUCUACGAGAGAGAGUUCGCAUUCUUUGACGAGGUUACCAGCAUUUCCGGCAAGCUUAAACCACUAAUCAAGCGAGACAAGCCUGAGAAAAAGCAAAAGAUUGAAGAAGAACUCCGAAAAAUCAAGGUCGAUGUGGGUGUCUACCUACCUAGUAACCCCGAUGGCGUAGUCAUCGGCAUUGAUCGUAAGUCCGGCAAGCCACUUCAAUCGCACGCAAAGGCACCGUAUAUGGCUACGUUCCGCAUCAAAAAGGCAAAAGGUGGUAUCGAAGAGACAGAAGAGGUAGCUCAAGAUAUGAGUAAAAACGGCGAAGCGCCCGUCGAGAACACAAUCGAGGUUUGGCAAAGCGCUAUCUUCAAGGUCGGUGAUGACUGCCGACAGGAUGUGUUAGCUCUACAGAUGAUUGCCGCAUUCCGUGGUAUCUUCCACAGCGUCGGACUCGACGUCUACGUAUUCCCAUAUCGUGUCACCGCUACUGCUCCUGGCUGUGGUGUCAUCGAUGUGCUACCUAACUCUAUCUCCCGAGAUAUGCUGGGUCGUGAGGCCGUGAAUGGAUUGUACGACUAUUUUAUCAGCAAGUACGGCAACGAAGAUUCCCUCCGCUUCCAGCAUGCGCGCAACAACUUUGUGAAGAGUAUGGCCGCUUACAGUAUCAUAUCCUUCCUCUUGCAAUUUAAGGACCGUCACAACGGUAACAUCAUGAUUGACGAUGCUGGUCACAUCUUACACAUCGACUUCGGAUUUUGUUUUGAUAUUGCGCCCGGUGGAGUUCGUUUUGAACGUGCGCCAUUCAAACUCACGGGUGAAAUGCUAGCAGUAAUGGGCGGUAGCACAGAUCAUCAGGCCUUUAAGUGGUUCGAGGAACUGUGCGUCAAGGCGUUCUUGGCUUGCCGCCCCCACGCGGAAAAGCUAAGUCAGAUCGUGCUGCUCAUGAUGGAAAGUGGAUUGCCAUGCUUCAAACCCGAGAGUGUUCGGUUCUUUAAAGAGCGCUUCGUGCUUGAGCGCAACGAACGCGAAGCCGCUGACUUCGUCAGAGACUUGGUUAGAAGAAGCGCGGGAAGCUAUAGUACUAUGGUGUACGACCAGUUCCAACUCAUGACCAACGGUAUCCCCUAUUAAGGGAUUGAUUGGUUUUUAGGGAUAUAUAUAUGCCUUUGUAAUUCGAGUUGGUUUGUUUGUUUUACGUGUAGAUUUGUGGCUGUGAGCUUUGGCUUCUUGAGUUCGUGGGGGGCUCUAUUGGUACAUAAAGCACCCAUUUAGAUAGAUACUAUUUGCUCUAAUACAUAUAAUACAAGGGCUCCUACUUUCCAUUUUCACCUUAG